UUGUGGACAAAACACGCGGCGACCUGGAGAGGAAGCGGAGUGGAAGCUCCAGGAGGACAACGAGGACGAGUCGUGCCGAUUUUUGCGCACCAGGGCUGGGAUUACACGCGCACUCAGGUCCUCGGACAGCGGGGCUGAGGAGGAGGAAGAGACACCGGGACGAGUUUGUGGCGUUGGAUUGAGAGACCAAGCUCACCCAACAGUAUGCGGUGCAGUCAUGGCAGGCAAGGGUAAGACCGUCGUGAGGACGCUGGAGGAUUUAACGCUUGAUUCUGGUUAUGGUGGAGCCGCGGACUCGGUCAGGUCUUCCAGCGUGUCGCUGUGCUGCUCCGACACGCAUCAGUCUCUCCCGCAUGGGGGCAACUGCUGGCAUCUGACCGAAUCCAUGCACAGCCGACAGAACAGUUUGGACACAGUCAACACCGUCCUGGCGGAGGACACGGAGAUACUGGAGUGCUCGGGCCAGUGCGCCAAGCUGCCCGAGCUGGAGGACGUGCCAUGGAGCCUCGGCGAGGUGGAGGGCGCACUGAGGAAGGACGAGGACCUGAUGGUGGGCAACCCGCCGCCGGAGGUGCUGGCGCGGCUCUCCGCGCUCAUCUGCCGCGCGCUGGUGCGCGUGGCGCGGGAGGCGCAGCGGCUCAGCCUGCGCUACGCCAGGUGCACCAAGCACGAGAUCCAGAGCGCCAUCAAGGUGGUGCUGUCGUGGACCAUCUCCGUGAACUGCAUCACGGCGGCUCUGAGCGCGCUCUCCCUGUACAACAUGAGCACCGGGGACAAGUUCAGCCGCGGCAAGUCCGCGCGCUGCGGCUUGGUCUUCUCCGUGGGCAAGUUCUUCAGGUGGAUGGUGGAUAGUCGCGUGGCGCUGCGGAUCCACGAGCACGCCGCCAUCUACCUCACCGCAUGCAUGGAGAGUCUGUUCAGAGAGGUGUUCAGCCGCGUGCUGCGCAGCGCGCUCGUGGAGAGGGACAACGGCGUCCCCAAGUUUACGCUGGAGUCACUGGAGCAAGCCAUCAACGGGGACUCUGAGAUCUGGGGUCUGCUGCAGCCGUACCAGCACCUCAUCUGCGGCAAGAACUCGAGUGGUGUGCUGAGUCUGCCGGAGAGUCUGAACCUGCACCGGGACCAGCAGCGGUCGGGGAGGAGCGGAGAGGGUCAUGGAUACACGCAGGCCGAACUCCGUACUCUGGAGCAGUCGCUCCUCGCGACCCGAGUGGGCAGCAUCGCCGAGCUGAGUGACUUGGUGUCGCGGGCCAUGCACCACCUGCAGCCGCUGCACAUCAAAAACCCCAGCAACGGCACUCCGGUCCACCAGAAAACCAGCAGCACGGUGCACUGGGAGCCCGAGGCGCUGUACACGCUGUGUUACUUCAUGCACUGCCCGCAGAUGGAGUGGGAAAACCCCAACGUGGAACCCUCCAAAGUUACCCUACAAACUGAAAGGCCGUUCCUCGUACUGCCGCCGCUGAUGGAGUGGAUCCGCGUGGCGGUCGCCCACACUGAGCAUCGGCGAAGCUUCUCCGUGGACAGCGACGACGUCAGGCAGGCCGCCAGGCUCCUGCUCCCCGGCGUGGACUGUGAACCACGACAAAUAAAAGCAGAGGAUUGUUUCUGUGCCACCAGGAAACUGGACGCGGCCUCCACAGAGGCCAAGUUCCUGCAGGAUCUGGGCUUCAGGAUGCUCAACUGCGGACGCACGGACCUGGUCAAGCAGGCGGUGAACCUGCUGGGGCCUGAUGGCAUUAACAGCAUGAGCGAACAGGGAAUGACCCCCCUCAUGUACGCCUGCGUCCGCGGCGACGAGGCCAUGGUGCAGAUGCUGCUCGACGCCGGCGCCGACAUCAACAGCGAGGUGCCAAGCACAGUAAACAAGCACCCCUCAGUUUAUCCUGAAACGCGCCAGGGGACGCCACUCACUUUCGCCGUGUUACACGGACACGUCCCUGUCGUGCAGCUGCUGCUGGAUAACAGAGCGAAUGUAGAGGGCGCCCUGCAGGAUGGGGCGGAGAACUACACAGAGACGCCGCUUCAGUUGGCCGCCGCUGCAGGAAACUUUGAGUUGGUGAGUUUGCUGUUGGAGAGAGGCGCCGACCCCAUGAUCGGGACCAUGUGUCGAAAUGGCAUCUCGUCCGCCCCGCUGGGCGACAUGAACUCCUACAGCCUGGCAGCAGCACACGGCCACAGAAAUGUCUUUCGGAAGCUGCUCUCCCACUCGGAGAAGGAGAAGGGAGACGUGCUGUCCCUGGAGGAGAUCCUGGCCGAGGGCUCGGACCCGGGCGAGAAGCGUUUGGCUCUGCAGGCCAACAGCAGCGGGACCCUGCGAACAGGAAAGGCCAAACUGAGAGCCCUGAGAGAGGCCAUGUACCAUAGUGCAGAGCACGGCCAUGUGGACAUCACCAUAGACAUCCGCAGCUUAGGCGUUCCCUGGACGCUGCACACCUGGCUCGAGUCCCUGCGCACCUGCUUCAUCCAGCACCGCCGGCCACUCAUCCAGGGCCUGCUCAAGGACUUCAGCUGCAUCCAGGAGGACGAGUACACGGAGGAGCUGAUCACGCACGGCCUGCCGCUCAUGUUCCAGAUCCUACGAACCAGCAAGAACGAGGUGAUAAGCCAGCAGCUGUCAGUUAUUUUCACGCAGUGUUACGGGCCCUUUCCCAUCCCCAAACUGACGGAGAUCAAGAGGAAACAGACCUCGCGCUUAGACCCUCACUUCCUGAACAACAAGGAGAUGUCCGACGUCACGUUCCUGGUGGAGGGGAAACCCUUUUAUGCACAUAAAGUUUUGCUGUUCACAGCGUCACCCAGGUUCAAGUCGCUGCUACAAAACCGACCGGCAGCUGAAAACACCUGCAUCGAGAUCAGUCAUGUCAAGUACAAUAUAUUCCACUUGGUCAUGCAGUAUCUGUACUGUGGAGGCACUGAAUCCCUUCACAUACGCAACACUGAAGUCAUGGAGCUCCUGUCUGCAGCCAAAUUCUUCCAACUAGAGGCCCUUCAGAGACACUGUGAGAUCAUCUGCUCCAAGAACAUCACCACGGAAACCUGCGUGGACCUCUACAAACACGCCAAGUCUCUGCACUGUCCUCCUCCCUUUGUAACGCAGUUCCUCGGUGCCUCGGAGCUGACGGCUUUCAUCGAGGGCUAUUUCCUGAAGAACAUGGUGCUGCUGAUCGAGCUCGACUGCUUCAAGCAGCUCCUGUACGAGCCGGCGCCCGCCGAGAGCCCCAUGUCCAGCCCCGGCAUCUGCUCUGACAUCCUCCACGACCUGGAGAAGACGCUGGCCACGCGCAUCCACUCCAUCCACCUCUCCACCUCCAAGGGCUCCGUGGUGUGACGCCGUCCUCCCGCCCCCCUGCCUCAGCAUCCGUGUGACGCCACUAUUAAAGGUCCAGUGUGUAAGAAUUAGUGACAUCUAAUGGCGAGGCUGGAGACGCUAACUCCUCGGCCAGCCUCUGCGCACCAGAAAGCAUGCCGUUCCUCUACGUUGUAAGCUUCUUCAGAAAGAAAGAAUCGGCUCUGGCUGAUUUGUCCAUUUUUGGCUGCAAUAGAAACAAGGCGGGGUAGGAUGGCGGGCCUUUGGAAAGCAAGACCCUCGCCUAAAAGGCUUCAGGGCCCGUCACAUGCAGCAUCUAAAAAUGUGUGAAAGACACACGGACGGUGCUAGAGCUUUAUUUAUCCUUUAUUUAGCCAGAAAGGUUCAAUUGAGAAGGGCCACACG